AGUAGGGCAAUGACUAUAAAAGAGAGAAAACAAUUGAGAAGAGUCAGACCAGCAGCUGCUCUACAAAAAACAAGUCUUACCAAGUCAACAAAUCUCUUCAAGCUCAUCACACCGAUCAAGGAAUCAUGACCUGCUCUCCGAAGCUAAUACUACUGGUUGCUCUCUUCGUAGCUGUUGCUACAGCUGCACCUUCCGUGAAGGAUGAUUCUGCAAAGGAGCUCAAGCAAAAAUUACCGGUGACGGAAGAUGAAGUUGUUAUUGUACAAAGAAGGACGCCAAAUUACGGCAGAUCCAGAGGGCAUGCCACACCUUGUAACUCAACGAAAACAAACAAUUCUUUCCCUGCUGCUCACAUAAUUGGAUUCUCUGAGCUAUGGAGUACUCAGGACCCAUCAAACGAAGCAUACCGUAACACCCACUGGCGUUGUGAUCGAGAGAGUGCAUUCGUUGAUGGAGGGAUGAUUUUCAGGCAAGACAACAAGAAAUUAUACGUCCCAGAAUGUGGCUACUACUACGUUUCCAGCCAAGUACAAUUUGGACAAUACACUGCAGGGAAACCAUCGAUAUAUGCUCAACAUCAGCUUUUCGUUGAGACUAAUUGCCCCCAUGGGAGCAGAGAGAUUCGCACCAAUGCCUAUGCCACCACUGAUACAACCGAGUGGGUCGCAACCACCUUCACAGGGAGGCUGUUCAAAAUCUGCGCAGGGGGUACCAUUUAUGUUAAGAUUCCAACAGGAUCAAAUCGAGCAUGCUGCCCAUACGGUAAACGAGACGGAACAUUCUUCUCAGCACAUCUUGUUCGAGCACUUAACUGCAAUCAGUAGCAUUACCUCACUAUAGUUUCAUGUAACUGUGUUGUGUUUGUACAGUAGCUACAGUCUGUUAAUUAUAUCUAUGUUUGUAUAAUUGUAUUGCUUGCAAAAAAAUAUUUGAAGUUGACUUUUAA